UCGGCGUUAGCAGGGACUGUCCGAGAGCAGAGAGGAAGGAAACACCGGAACAUCGACCUGCUGGAGCUGCAACUCUGUAAUGUUAACAGACAGUCUGAUCUGAACGUCUUCAGCUUCCGUGUUCAGACUUACAGCUACACAGCCAGCUCUUAUCUCAGGUAGCUCUUAGCCCAGGUAGCUGAAAGCUCAGGUAGCUUCCAGCCGGUUAGCUCCUGUCAGCAGCAGCUAACCUAGCCUAGCUCAUCGUGUCAUACGCUUCAGAAUGAGGCUGAAGGUGGGCUUUCUCCUGCGGUCUCUGGUGGUCAUCGGGACGUUCCUGGCUCUGGUGGUCGUCUGGUCCUCUCUGUCCCCCAAACCCAGCGAGGAAAACCCCUUUAACAGACAGGAGAAUGUUGCCCUGCCCAGAGCUGACCCUGUAGACCAGUUUAAGCCUGUGGUGCCCUGGCCUCAUGUGGAGGGGGUAGAGGUUGACCUUCACUCCAUUCGACAACAACAUGGAGGCCCAACAACCCCCAGAAAGUGGAGGAGCAGCCCCAACGAGAAGCAGGUGAUCCAGCAGCAGUACGUGACGUUCAGACCCCAUAGUCACGCCUACACCAGCCCCGUCCUGAAGACAGGAAUCCUGGGUAACUUUGAGCCUAAAGAACCAGAGCCUCCAGGGGUCCCUAAUGGUCCUGGAGAGGGGGCCAAACCCUUCGUCCUGGGUCCAGAGUACAAAGACGCCGUACAGGCCUCCGUCAAAGAGUUUGGCUUCAACAUGGUGGCCAGUGACAUGAUCUCUCUGGACAGAAGCAUCAGCGACAUUCGCCAUGAAGAGUGUAAGUACUGGCACUAUGACGACAGACUGCUGACCUCCAGUGUGGUGAUCGUGUUCCAUAAUGAAGGCUGGUCUACACUGAUGAGGACGGUCCACAGUGUGAUCAAGAGGACUCCCAGGAUAUACCUGGCUGAGAUCGUCUUGAUCGACGACUUCAGCAACAAAGCCCACCUGAAGGAGCGUCUGGAAGAAUACCUCAAACAGUGGAACGGUCUGGUGAAACUGUUCAGGAAUGAGAAGAGAGAAGGACUCAUCCAGGCCAGGAGCAUCGGAGCCAAGAAGGCCACUAAAGGAGAGGUGCUGAUCUACCUGGAUGCUCACUGUGAGGUUGGAGUCAACUGGUACGCUCCUCUGGUCGCUCCUAUAUCAAAAGACAGGACAGUGUGCACAGUACCUCUCAUAGAUUAUAUAGAUGGUAAUGAGUACACCGUGGAGCCCCAGCAGGGUGGAGAUGAGGACGGGCUGGCUCGGGGAGCAUGGGACUGGAGUCUACUUUGGAAGAGAGUCCCACUGAGCAACAGAGAGAAGGCCAAGAGAAAACACACCACUCAGCCCUACCGGUCUCCUGCUAUGGCGGGGGGUCUGUUUGCUAUCGAGAGAGACUUCUUCUUUGAGCUGGGUCUGUAUGAUCCGGGACUGCAGAUCUGGGGAGGAGAAAACUUUGAAAUAUCAUACAAGAUCUGGCAGUGUGGCGGUCAGCUCCUCUUUGUGCCAUGCUCCCGGGUCGGUCACAUCUACAGGCUACAUGGUUGGCAGGGUAACCCGCCACCUGCACACGUUGGAGCAUCACCGACUCUAAAGAACUAUGUGCGGGUGGUGGAGGUUUGGUGGGAUGAAUAUAAGGACUUUUUUUACGCAAGUCGGCCUGAGACUUUGACGCUGGCUUACGGAGACAUCAGUGAGCUCAGACGAUUCAGAGAGGAGCAUCGCUGUAAGGGCUUCAAAUGGUUCAUGGAGGAGAUCGCAUAUGACAUCCCACUGAAUUAUCCCCUGCCUCCUAAAAAUGUGGAAUGGGGGGAGAUCCGGGGCUUAGAGACCAGUUACUGUAUCGACAGUAUGGGACACACUAACGGUGGAAACGUGGAGAUCGGACCCUGCCACAGGAUGGGGGGAAACCAGUUAUUCCGGAUCAAUGAGGCUAACCAGCUGAUGCAGUACGACCAGUGCAUGACGACAGGAAAAGAGAACUCAGGUGUCAUCAUCACACAUUGUGAGCGGAACCAGUACACUGACUGGAAGUACUUCAAGGAUAUGAAUCGGUUCACUCACGUGCCAACAGGGAAGUGUCUGGACCGCUCCGACAUGCUGCACACAGUGUUCAUCUCGGACUGUGACACCAGUAAAACCAGUCAGAAGUGGGAGAUGAACAACAUUGUGGCUGUGUGACCAACUGGGACUCAGACAUGAAGGCCGGGUGUAAAACACUCCUAUUAGACUGUGAUCCUGGUCACACACACACACACACACACACACACACACACACACACACACACACACACACACACACACACACACACACACAUGCAAGUAACACUCUUGCUGGUCUGAACUGGACCCUUACUGGUCUCUUAUCUGUUGAUUUGGGCUCUCAGGUGUUUCAAAUUUUCUCACUUUGAUUUAAAUUACUAAACCGUCUAUUCUUUUAGUCCCCUUAUCAUACUCACUCACCUCACUAACCAAAGAGUCCUUUCUAUUGGUGGAGGAGCCAGUCACAUCAUUAAUGUGGUAACCAGGCAGACCGCAUCAGGAUGUUAAUGUUGAAGAGAAACUCUCAGAUGAGACUGACCUGAGCAAAUCAAAGUCCUGCUUUGUUAAAUUCAUCAUUUAAAAAAUCAAUAUGUUUACCUGAUCAGACUCUAUCAGUCAGAGAGCAUGAACUUUAUCUGAGAACAGAGCUAGUAAACACAUGGACAACAGACACACUGUGAACUCUGAGAAACUGAACUAUAAUUUUUUAUUCUCAGAGACAUUUUCAUUAUUCCCACUUUAAAGGGUCUCCUCUCUGUGGACCACAAACAGAGGUUAACCUGUGCUCACACUUCUCUAAACUCUCUGAUCAGUCUGAUAGACAGAAGACAAACCCCUCAGUUUGCCACGUCUGACACCAGCCCUCCUUCACAUCAGAAACACUAACUUUACUCCUCUGAUUGACUCCAGUUCUUUCGAUUGAUCAGCUCCCACAGACUGUGAUGUUUGUGUGAGUGAGGAGGACUCCUGCCUUAUGACAGACUGAUGAAGGUUCAGUAUCUGACCAGCUGACUGUGACUCAGCCUGAUGAUAAUAAACACUGUGUUGUUUUGAGGGUUUGGGCUGAUACGACAACACAUGAAGAAAAAGUGACUGUUUGUGGGAGGUACAGAGGCUUUGGUGUGUGGACGAUCAUGUAUGCAAUGUUUUGUACAAUGUAAAUAGAUUCUUUGUAAAGACGCUAAAUCAUUUUGUGAAGGGGCCUGAAUGAUGUAAAUAUUUAACUUAUAGCAGAGAUUUAAUAUUUGGGGGGUGAUGGAGCAAAUAAACACCUGAUUUUUACAGCUCA